CACACAGGCAGCGCUCGAGCUUCAGAGCAGCACAUCCACGAGCCGGUCACCAGCUUCCAUAUCCCCGUGCACCCUGUGCCAGCGCUCGAGCUCCGGCGACACAACGCGCGCUCGGGAUUUUUUUAUUUUCCUCACGGACCCAAACGUGAUUUUUAUUGAUAUAAAUCAUUUUAAAGUGAAGACGAGCGGAGGUUUUGAUUUGUAGCAGCGGGACAGGCUCGGUGACACCGGGGCACAGAGCGAGGCUUCAGCCUGGUCUAAGCCAGGACACCGGACAUUAUUCCUGCACCAGAGGACGGUACUUUGGAUUACUUUGACGCGCAGUUUGUGACUGGAAUACACCACGAAUAUAACUGUAGUAUUUAAUCUGCAGGUUCUCAGCAUGUCGCUUUCUUGUAGUGGAUAACACAAGCCCUCAUAUUUACGCUGAGCGGAUGCGUGGACUUCUGCGCGCUUUGUGCAGAUUGUAGCUGCGAGGAGAGCAGAAACCUGUAGCAGAAUAACAGAAUAAAAUAUUAAAGGAAGCAUUUAUUUCAUUUAGAAUAACACCCCCCAACUUAUUCAUCAUUGUCUUGGACCAAGCCCUGCACCUUUUUGAACUCAGAGAAACCUGUGAAGCCCGGAUCAGGACUAUGGUGCGUCGCAGCUGAAACCACGAUUCGGGACUUUUGGGUGUUGAAAUCAGAUCGGACGGACCUCCAACUCACUCCUGGACCAGGGCAGGAGCCGAAUCAUGAUGCUUCCUGGCGGUGCGAUGUUGAUCCUGCUCUCGAUGCUAUGCCUGCUCUGGGGGGCUUCCUGGGCAGCGACUCUGGGCGGACUGGGAGACACCAUUCUCGGUCCAAAGGAGUUCAGGGAUGUAGCCAACUUCAGCACCUUUCUACUGGACCAAUCAUCAGGCAUGCUGUACCUGGGUGCCAAGGAUGCCAUACUGGCUGUGGACACCAAUAAACCGAACCAACCACCACAAAUGAUUGUUUGGGAUGUGCCGGUGGACAGGAGGAAGUCUUGUGUGGCAAAGGGAAAGACAGAGGCCGACUGCAACAACUACAUCCGCCUGCUGGAGUUUCUGGGUGACGGACGCAUCUACGCGUGUGGCACUUACGCCUUCGACCCCCAGUGUGCCUUCUUGGAGCGCUCCUCCUUCACCCUGGAGAAAUCCGAGGAUGGGGGUGUGAAGAUGGAGACGGGGAAGGGCAAGUGUCCCUUUGAGCCCAGUCAGCACUAUACAGCUGUUAUGGCAGGUGGUACCUUAUACACAGCAGCCACCAGUAACUUUCUGGGAACGCUGUUCGACAUCUCGAGGGCAACGGGGCCUGAGCAAGAGCGCAUCCGAACUGAACGGUCCAUCAACUGGCUGAGUGACCCAGAGUUUGUGAGCUCAGCCUUCAUCGAGCAGUCUGCAGACAGCAACCCCACAGGAGAUGAUGACAAGAUCUACUUCUUCUUCACUGAGGUGGCCAAAGAGUAUGACCUCUACACCAAAGUCAAAGUGCCCAGGGUGGCACGAGUCUGCAAGUCUGAUGUAGGCGGGAUGAAGACUCUGCAGCGGCGUUGGACAACCUUCCUCAAGGCUGAGCUGGUGUGUGAGGACAAACCCAGCGGUCAGCGCUACAACAUCCUAACUGAUGUUUUCACCACGCAACACAUACCGGGCGACCCCAGCAGCACACACUUCUACGGACUGUUCACUUCCCAGUGGCAGCGUGAAGAGGUAUCAGCAGUGUGUGUUUUCAGUCUGUCUGACAUCAGCAAAGUGAUGGACGGUCCCUUUAAAGAGCUGAAGAAAACCUGCGAGAACUGGAUUAACCCUGAACCUGUCCCCACACCAAGGCCUGGCCAGUGUUUGAACAGCGCUUUGAAGGCUGAAGGAUUCGAGUCCUCCCUGAAACUUCCUGACAAGGUGUUGACGUUUGUGAGGGACCACCCACUGAUGGAGAACAGUGUUACCGCAGCACCUCUGCUAGUUCGGAAGGGAAUCACAUACACCAAGCUGGCUGUAACCCAGACAGGCAGUGAAGAGGGACCAAGAGGGGCAGUGCUGCACCUUGGAACAGACCGUGGUGAACUCCACCGGGUGGCAGUAGUGGGUCAGAACGCCACCUUACUGCAGGAGAUUCCUCUGUUUUCCUCACAGGAGCCGGUCAACAAUAUAUUACUGCACCAGGGCCGGGCUCUGGUGGGCAGUCCACUGUCUCUGGCUCGUAUCCAGGCUGAAGGCUGCGCUCUGUAUCCCAGCUGUGAGGUAUGUGCUAGAGCCAGAGGCCUGGGCUGUGUGUGGACGACGGAAGGAGCCUGCAGGCCCACAACUGAAGAGCCUGGUCCAGGUGAUAUGAUAGAUGACGCCUUAAGAAAGUGUGAUAUACAAGAGGGGCGUUGCACCCCGUCUAUCAGAGAGAUGCGAGUUUCUAAAGGUUUGCGCCUCCUGUUGCCAUGCACCCAACUGUCUCCACGGCCUUGUAGCUGGGAGCAUCCUCCCCACAGACACACCAGACAGCAUCAUUCUGACCUGGAGGUGACUGUCACAGAGGACAGCCUGGGAGUAUACAUUUGCACAUGCCAGGAGGCUGGACCAGGUAUCCGAGAGCCCACCCCCUGCCGGAGAGCAGCCUAUCAGCUGACACUUGAAGACCCCACUUCUGGAGGAGCAGUGGCCACAGCAGGAGGUCGUCAUGUCCUGGCUAUCUACAUCCUUUUCUUCUGUGGGGGUUUAGCGUUUGGUGUGUUCCUCAUCUGCUUUGUGAACCGUCGUCACAGCAUUGCCCGCCAGGGUCACCACCUGCCAGAUAAUUCGCUAUCAUCAGAGAAGGGGCGGGACUUGCUGGGCUCCUCAGCCACACCACAGUCCCCUAGCAGUGCCAGCCUGCUGUCUGAGGGUUUCAGAUUGACAGAAAAACGUAACGGGACUGCGACCACAACCACGUCAACAACACUCCUCAGCAACCAGGGUAACGGUGGUCACAGCUACAGCGGCACCCUGAUCCACAACAACCCCAGUAAUGGCCAUGGGAAUUCCCUGUAUGCCAACUGCAACACAAGUAGCAGCGAGCUGAAGUUCACCGAAAUUUUAGCUGCAGACAUGCUGGAUGGAAGGACAGGGGAAAGGGAGAAGGGGAAUCUCAAUGGGGUAGAGAGGGAGGGGGAUGAUGUGGAUGAGGGGCUGGGGGAUGGAGUAGAGCAAGGAAUGAAAGGACUAGAGGACGAGUUGGCCAGCUUUCCCAUGUUUAAAUCGCCAGCACCACUGGCUAAGUGUGAAGAAAGUUCGAUAUGAAAGGUGAUAAAUGCACUUUUGAUUGCACCAUUUUGCAAAAUAAACUGAAUACUACUGGGAAGAAUUGCAAAAUGGCUACUGUCGAAUGCCUUUGGAUGGGAGCUGUGGCAUGAAGAGAGACUACAGAGAUAUAUGAGAAAUAUAUAAUAAGUUUAUGUCUAAGCAUGUGAGACACGUGUGGAAAGAACUGCAAAACAAAAAACAUAUUCCAGUGCUGUGAGUCACUCAGGAUGAGACCCACAGCUGAAUAAAUGUGUCACGUGUAAAUAUAAAAUGUAAAUAUCCGCAGUCUGAACUUGACUGUGGACAUGAAGCUGAGCGUGACAUCACGCAAUUUAAAUGUUACAAAGAAUCAAAGAUGAAAUGUUUACAUGUGUAGACAUUGAAAAGCCAUAUUGUCUUUCUCCUUAACUUCUGUAUGUUGUUUGCUCUCUCAUUCUCUUCUCCUUGUGGCACUGCAAAAAAAAGUGCACUUGGAAUCUCUCAGCACCUCUCCUUGUCUCUGUUUGUAUUUCCCUUUCUGACACACCACUCAAAUUCCAGACCUGGAUCGGUCCAAAGGCACCAAAGGACUGCUGAGCCAUAGACUGCCAAUCAGACUGCACCAGUGCUGUCAGACACUUGAGAACAAUGAAUUUACUGCACAGCCCUCAGAUGGGCUACAGUGACCGUGACGGAGCUGUCCCUGUCUACACUGCCACAGAGGUCAAGAGGAUGAUAGGGAUGAAGGUCACCUAUGAGAUUUGUGACAAUGUGGAAAGACGUACAACAGAUGUAAGUGAUUACCAGCUGCCCACAUCUGUCACUGUUCACACAGUUACUGAGACAGAAGGCAAAUGAUUUGCAAAUGAAAGUGAAAUUCAUUUGUCUCACAGAAUGGACCUUACCAGACACAAAGCCACCUUCACCUUGUGUUGUGAGUGUGGAUUUAAAUAUAUAAAUGCAUUGUUUUUGUCAUGUUGUUUUGUAAUAAAGCCUCAAACGUU